ACGCAAAAAAAAAACUGUGACGUAAAGCCAUGAUGGCGGAUCUCAACUCCACGAUGAAAUUUUGGAAACCGGGGUCGGAGGCACCAGGAAUUUCUGAAGAACGGGAGCUCCCGACAGAGACUACGGGCUCCCCCGUCAUAUUCAACCCGCACACUGCGCUGUCCAUCGAGAAGCAGCGGCAGAAGCUUCCAGUUUUUAAGCACAGAAACAACAUCUUGUACUUGGUGGAGAGCUUCCAGACUGUCAUCAUCGUGGGAGAGACAGGAUGUGGGAAGACGACACAGAUCCCUCAGUACUUGCUGGAGGCUGGCUGGGCAGCAGAGGGGAAGGUGAUUGGGGUGACACAGCCUCGUCGAGUGGCUGCUAUCUCAGUGGCCAACCGCUUGGCGGAGGAGCGCGGGGCCCUGCUGGGUCACGAGGUUGGCUACACCAUCCGCUUCGACGACUGCUCCGACCCCCACGCCACUCGCAUCAAGUUCCUCACAGACGGGAUGCUGGUGAGGGAGAUGAUGGCGGAUCCUCUCCUGAAGAAAUACAGUGUCCUGAUGCUGGACGAGGCCCACGAGAGGACCCUGUACACAGACAUAGCCAUCGGCCUGCUGAAGAAGAUUCAGAAGAAGAGGAGGGAUCUGAGGGUGAUAGUGGCCUCUGCCACUCUGGACGCCAAGAAAUUUCAAGAGUUUUUCAACUUGAAUGAUUCUGGGGACCCCAACAAGGACACGUGUGGUAUUUUGACGGUGGAGGGCCGCACCUUCCCAGUGGAUGUGUUCUACACCGUUAGUCCUGUCCCAGACUACGUGAAGGCCACGGUGGAGACGGUUCUGAAGAUCCACGAGACGGAAGACGACGGAGAUGUCCUGGCGUUCCUCACUGGACAGGAGGAGGUGGAGAAGGUGGUGUCGCUGCUGCAGGAGCAGGCGCGGGCCCUCUCCAGGUACGGCAUGAAGAAGCACCUCCGGGUGCUGCCCAUGUACGCCGGCCUGCCCUACCCGGAGCAGAUGAAGGUGUUUGAACGGGCGCCCCCAACCGUCCGCAAGGUGGUGGUGGCCACGAACAUAGCGGAGACGUCCAUCACCAUCAACGGGGUGGUGUUUGUGAUCGACUGUGCGUUCGUCAAGCUGCGCGCCUACAACCCCCGCACCGCCAUCGAGUCUCUGGUGGUCACGCCCAUCUCCAAGGCCUCGGCCAGCCAGAGGGCCGGGAGAGGGGGCCGCAACCGUCCGGGGAAGUGCUUCAGACUAUACACAGAGGAGGACUUUGAGAAGCUGCCGGCCUCCACAGUGCCAGAGAUGCAGCGCACCAACCUGGCUCCAGUCAUCCUGCAGCUGAAGGCUCUGGGGAUAGACAACGUGCUGCGCUUCAGCUUUCUCUCUCCGCCGCCGGCCCAGUCCAUGGUGCAGGCUCUGGAGCUGCUCUACGCUCUGGGAGGUCUGGACCAGUAUGGCCGUCUGACUGACCCCAUGGGCGUGAGGAUGGCAGAGUUCCCCCUGAGCCCCAUGUUUGCCAAGAUGCUGCUGGAGUCUGGCAACUUCAGCUGCUCCAAGGAGAUUGUCACCAUAGCAGCCAUGAUGCAGAUCCAGAACAUCUUUGUCGUGCCGUCCACUCAGAAGAAGGCAGCUGCCCGUGAACACAGGAAGUUUGCCGUGGCUGAGGGAGACCACCUCACCAUGCUCAAUGUCUACGAGGCAUUCAUCAAGCACCAGAAGAGCUCCCAGUGGUGCCAGGAGCACUUCCUCAACUACAAGGGGCUCCUGCGAGCCAUGACCGUGCGAGAGCAACUCAGACGUCUCAUGAACAAGUUCAAGGUGCCGCGCACCUCCAGCGAAGGAGAUCCGGAUGUGAUCCUGAGGUGUAUCGUGUCGGGGUUCUUCUCCAACGCUGCCCGCAUGCACCACUCGGGCUCCUAUCGGACCUUACGGGAUGACCGCGAGCUUCACAUUCACCCCAACUCAGUGCUGUACGGAGAGAAGCCUCCAAAGUGGGUCGUCUUCAAUGAGGUGGUGCAGACGGCUAAGUAUUACAUGCGCGAUGUGACCGCUGUGGAAUCGUCCUGGUUGGUUGAGCUGGCACCUCACUUCUACAAGCAGGCCAAGCAUGGGUCAUUGGCCAGCAAGAGAUCCCGGGUCCUCUAAACUGAGCCAGCCCCGCCCCGGCAGAGAGAGGAGACGAGGAAGAGAACACCCCCCCCUUCUUUAAACACUGUGCCCCCCCAUCCCCCCGCUCCCACACACCCCCCCUCUCCCUCACUCAUCUCCCCUGUAUAUACAGAUGUACUAUAUAUUUAUUUCCCAUGUCUGCCGUCACAACUCCUGCACAUGUAUGUAGACGAGGCACUGUCCGCUCACGCUGGAAAGAACCGGAAAGAGGGCAAUAUACGGCCUAUGGCUGACGGCAUGCCAUGUCAUCCUGCUCUUGGAAGUUUGUGCUCCCAGAGGGGGUUGGGGAGAAAGUUGAGGGGGUCAAAGCCAAGGCCGUCGGUCACGAAGGGGUCCUUUGCAGCGUGAGGGGACAGUGCUGACCCUCCACCUGUACAUAGACAGAACAGGCUCGCGUCCAGUAGACCACGCGAGCCUCCAUGGUUAUUUUUUUAUGGCUAUCGUUCUUUUCGUUGUGGCAUUGGCGCGGUAAAUACAGUAUAUGAACGAGUGAAGAAUGAGAGGAUGUGGCGUUUUCUUUUUGUUUCGUAUUUUUUGAAACGAGGAACGGCGGUUUGUUGAUUUUUUUGGGGGGGGGGGGCUAAUGUGCUUCCUACCCUCUUUGAGCCUGGGUGCUACAGUAGUCCGUCGCUACGUUGGCCGGUCUGUUUAGAUGCUACGUUAGCCUGUCUGUGUUGAAAGCCAGCGGUUUGGCAUGGUUGAGCUCGGAAAGGCAAAGUCGCCGGGCUCCUCGUCGUUCAACAAGUCUCUUUCUAGAGCUUCAGUUAUCUGCACAUCCACAUUGGGGACUGUCUCAUAUACAAGACUACGCCUCAUAUGGAAUGCAUGUUUGGGUUUUGAUUAGUCGACACAGAAUGUACGACUAAUGAGUUAACUGUGACAAAAGACCUCUUUGCUUCCGGACAGUUGCCGUAGAACUCGGUGCCACUUUUACUCACUGUCCAGCUCAAACAUUGUGGCCUUUUUAACCGUUCUGUGCCAAAUACUAUUUUGUAUCAAAACCAUAUUUCACGUUUCAUUUUUCUUUCCGAAAUGAAAUGUGCAAAUAAAACCAUACCAAGUGCAACACAUGCAAUCAGAUCUACAGCUGAAGAAGUGCCAUUUGUUCCUGAGGAUAGCGUCGAGUGCAUCGAAAGACACACGCGAAGCCUAAAAGAAAACACAAAAAAAACCGAACAACGAAAAGGUUGAUCUUUUUUUAGCCAUGUUUCUUUGGCCAUCACAGUAGCAUUUAUUUCCCCCCCUCGAGCCUCAGACCAUGUUUCCAAUCAACCACUGCACUAUUGUACACCUCCCUCUGUGUCAGUGUCAUCAAUGUUUAGAGCAAAGGCACAAGUGAUGUGAUGUGUUCCCCCCGAGACCUACAUCAUUGUCUGCUGUUUUUAUUUUCUCUCAUUCCUUUGUGAAAUGCCUUCAGGAAGUAGGAUUUCACACCAGAAGUUUCCGAAAGCCACAGAAAGCCGGAGAACAAAAAAAAAACACGUUUGAAUCCACUAGGUCCUGCUUUCUUAUCAGUAAGGUUGCUGUCCUGAACUUUAUUGACCGUCUGCAUGGGUUCACAUAUAGAUACCUUGUCCCUACGACGAGAAAUAGGCACAUUUUUAACUGCCUCCAAUCUCUGGAUACUUAGCCUACAAUAGAUGCAAUUCUAUUAGUGACGUAUACAAGUGAAGAUACUCUUGCAUGUGAGGUGGUAACUCUCGAACAACACUUAGUCGACGAGAGGCCGUCUUUCUCUUUGUCACAUGCUGAUCAUCUUAAUCUGUAAACAGCCAAACUGUAAUCUGUACACGUCUGUACUCGCUCCUAGGAAGCAGUUGUAUUCCCCUCACUUUCUGUCCAGCACAUCUUAAAAAUAAAACAAUCUAAUGUCUGGUCCCA